CAUGCUAGUCAGUCUGAAUCAGAAAUACUCUCAAAAUCAUGUGUUUCAAAAGCAAUAUUUUAUUUUUGUUUUUGAUUACUUCUGUGUUUUGUGAUAUCUACGAUGAUUUUGAUAACGAGGUCGUAAACAGAAAAGAAAUAACCACUCGCAUUAAAACCAAACUGGGCGAUUCAGAUGAAGCCAAUUUUGCACAAAUUAAGAUGUUGGAUGCUUGGGCGAAAUUUCCAAGUGGAAUUUUAGAAGGCAAAAUAGUGAAUCUGGGAAGUUUUGACGAAUGCUACAACAUCGAGUAUAACAAUAUUUAUGGAAAGUAUUGUUUAGGGACUUUAUCAUUGAGCAAAAAAACAGAAAAAUAUUUCAAAAAAUUUAAUAAUCGUACCCACAGUUUUAAGCCUCCUAUUAAACUUUCUCUAAAUCGAGGACUCAGAACGUCAGAGAGCGAUGCUGUAGGACUUUUGUUUGGUGCCUGUAUACCUAGCAGUAUGUCAGCAACUGAAAUGCCUGGUCUUUUAAAAUUCACAGAAGAGCUCUGCUAUUCUAAAGCCACUGAACCGGAGUUAUCAGUAGGAGCUAUUGUGACCAUAACUAUUUUAGCAAUUUUCUUGUGUAUCGUAAUAGUGUCAACUAGCUAUGACAUAGCUUUACACUACUUCAAAAAAGAACCUUAUCAUGAACUAUUGAUUGCGUUUUCCUUUCUCUUCAACGGUCGAAAACUCUUCCGUUCGAGCAAAAAUUCGGAACAAUUGCUUUGUCUAAAUGGAAUUAAGGCUUUGAGUAUGAUGUGGGUUAUCGUUGGGCAUGAUUUUUCAAAUGCAAUGAGUGCACCAUUAUCUAAUUUCUUUACUCUAGCAGAUUGGCUCAAUGAUCCCGCCAACAUGUUUAUAGUGGGAGCCACAGUCUCCGUUGAUACAUUUUUCACAGUUGGAGGUCUUGUAACAGUUUACACAUUUUUGAAAUCAAUGGACAAAGGAGCAAAAUUCAACGUGUUACUUUUCUACCUUCAUAGAUAUCUCCGACUAACUCCUGCAUACUUUAUAAUGGGACUGAUACACAUUUAUCUCCUAAAUUACUUUGCAACUGGACCUUUGUGGAAAUUUGUUGAUUUGUUGCUAGUUGACUCGUGCGAAACAGGCUGGUGGAGCAGUCUCCUGUAUAUAAGCAAUUAUGUGCAAAAUGGAACAUGUUUGCCUCAAGCUUGGUACCUGCAAGUUGAUAUGCAAUUAUUUGUCUUGUCACCAAUCAUUCUUUUACCAUUGUGGAAGUGGCCUAAGAUUGGUUUAGGUAGUUUAGGGUUCUUAACAAUUAUGGGAUGUGUUUCGCCGUUUGUGAUUGGUUACGUGAAACAUUUCAGACCUGGAAUGUUAGCAAAUAAAGAUGCGCUAGAUUUUGGCAAUUAUUAUUAUGAUGCAACAUACGCACGGUUUGGUCCUUACGUUAUUGGAAUGCUUGCAGGUUAUUUCAUAUACAGGAUUAAAACAAACAAGAUCAGAAUUCAUUUAAAAUCAUGGCACGUUAUAACACUUUGGUUAGUGUUUAUAACCGGUUUGGUAGCUUGUGUGUGGGCUGGUUAUCCACUGAAUGUGGCAACAGAAGAAGACAGAUGGGGAGAUUCAAUGUUCUUGGCUUUCAAUCGCCCAGCUUGGGCUGUGGCAGUUGUUGGAGUAAUUUUCUUGUGUGUUAGUGGCUAUGGGAAACCGAUUGAUACAUUUCUUUCUUGGUCAGUUUUCCAAUUUUUGACAAAGCUCUCUUACUCCAUGUACCUGAUACAUUUUGCUAUCAAUAUAUGCAGAAAUUCAAUGCUAAGAAACAAUAUAAAAUUCUCCACAAUUGGAAUGAUGCAUCUUUUUUGGGGAGAUUUUAUGUUUACGUUAGGUUUAUCGCUCAUUUUGUGCUUAACAUUUGAAUCUCCAAUCAUAAUUCUUGAAAAGUAUCUCUUUCACAGAAGUCCCAAAACAAAAAGUGUAAAGCAAUAAUAAUUAAUUACGUGUAGGAAGAUAAAUAGAUAAUAUACUCGUCUAUUUA